CAACUCAAACUUAGUCACAGGUGUUUGCAAUACUAGCGAUAGCUGAUAAGAGAGAUACCAACAAGAAAAGAAAAAAAGAAGAGUUGAGAUUCCCUUUGAAGAAAAGAUGGCAUCCCAUAGGCAAAGCUAUGAAGCUGGUCAAACUAAGGGCCGAACUGAGGAAAAGACGAACCAGACGAUGGGCAAUAUUGGAGAGAAGGCUCAAGCUGCAAAGGAGAAGACCCAGGAAAUGGCCCAAGCUGCAAAGGAGAAGACCCAACAAACAGCCCAAGCUGCCAAGGACAAGACUUGCGACACUUCCCAAGCGGCAAAGGAGAAGGCCCAACAGAAUACAGGAGCUGCUCAACAAAAGACCUCAGAGAUGGGCCAGUCCACGAAGGAAUCGGCCCAGUCAGGGAAGGACAACACCCAAGGGUUCCUGCAGCAGACAGGGGAGAAGGUGAAGGGCGCAGCCCAAGGUGCUACAGAGGCUGUGAAGCAAACCCUUGGCUUGGGCGAGCAUGAUCAAGACAACCGCAGAAAUUACUAAUACUAUAAUUUGAAGUGCUUUCUUGUAGUAGUGGUUUACGCAGCAUGGCUUUUUAAAUAAGCUGCUAUUCCCUACACUCCUACCUAAGGAGUGUACUAUUAUCCGCAGUUUCUAUUCUCUCUAGCUACUUUCAUGUAUGUUCAAUGCUAUAUAUAGCCUUGAAUUAAUGUCAACUAUGUUCUAAUUAAUGCUAUAGCUUCGGUUUGUGUUA